AUGAUUCGCCACCUCUAUUUUGGACUAAUUGCAUUAAAUUUUCUGCUUGUUUACACAUUAGAUGGCUCAAAUAUUGCUUUGGCCAUCAAUGCAGGAGGCGAAGAAUAUGCAUCCUCUCUGGGCUUUUCAUAUAUUGAUGAUACUAAUUAUUAUGCGGGAAAAUAUUGUGACGCUCUCCAAAACCUAAACACUAUUAAUAACACAGUCAAUGGCUUUAUUUACCAAAGUUGUAGAUUGUGCAAAGGAACUUGAGAGUACAAUCUCCCAAUAAGUUCAGAAGGAUCUUAUGUUCUCGUUCUUCAAUUCGCAGAAAUUCAGUAUGAAUACACCAAUCAAAGAGUUUUUAAUGUCACUAUUGGAGACCAUGUUGUUGCUAGUCAUUUAGAUUUGGUUGCUGCAGCUGGAUUUCUUACGGCUUAUGAUAUUUUUAUAUCAUUUAAUUUUUUGGAUCGAAAUGUUUCUAUUGAUGGAAGAGUAGCAUCUGGUGCUUACCAAGAUGGUAAUUUGCAGGUUCGAUUUUAUGCAGUCAUUGAAAGACCAGCGCUUUCAGGCUUAAUUUUAGUAAAAGGGGAAUGCACCGUUGCUGACAAUUGCAAUAUGUGCUAUCAAGAAAGAUGCCUAGAAUGCAAUAAUCAUGAUUUGACUUGCAACAAGUGUAUUAAUAAUGCUAGUAUUAAUAAUGGAGUCUGCCAAUGUAAUGAAGACACUUUCUGAGAAGAGUCAUUAAGAUCAUGUGUACCUUGCAAUUUAUGCAAUAAUUGCGUUGACUGCAUGCUUUGUGCAUCUAGCUUUUAUAUGUAUCUUGGAUGGUGUGUUUCUAAGUGCCCAGAUGGGUUUAUAGAAAGUGAUUCAGAUUGUGUCGAAAAUGAUCCUUUCAUAUUUUAUCUCUCAUUUGAUACUCUGAAAGGAGUUGUUUAUGACAAGCAAAGCAAAAUUCCAGCCGUAACUGGAAACAGCAUAGAUUUUUACCCAGAUUACGAUGAGUUUGAUCCAGUGGCAGCUUUCAAUAGAGGAUUUUAUUUUAAUGGAGUCAGCUCUUUAAUGCAUCUGCCUCCUUAUUCUGAAUACAGUGAUCCAGUUCUCAGCUUUGGCUACUCUUUCACUUUUGCUAUAUGAAUUAAUAUAGAAAAUAGCUUUGGAUCCAUCAUAUCAAAGCAAGAUUUGCUUUAUAAUCCAAUCUUUUCGCUCCAAAUAGUAGCUGGAGUUCCUCUUAUUUCAUUAAACCUUAAGACUGCUGGAUUGAGUCCUUUCUUUUAUUUACAAAGUCUUGAAUCCUAUGAAUGGGCCCAUAUAGCAUUUGCUGUAGAAUAUGCCUAUUAAUUACUUAUGUUUAACUUGUCACCUUCUUAUGCUAGUUGAUUUGAGUAUGCUUGGGUUCACCCUUUUAACUCCCCCGACCAUUAAUGCCGCAGCCAUUUCUAUAUCACUAUUUUUAUCUUUGCAGCUGUUCCAAACUUCAAUAACCCAUAAAUCUGGUUAGGAAACCUCACUGGGCCAGUUGCUUUGCUCUAACUUGACUCCUGAGUGUGCUUGUACAACCCUAAUAAUUGUAUAUUUGAGGAAUUUUAGCACAAAAUUUUCAGACAUUAAUUUGCAUAAACAGAUUGAAGUUUGCUUAUUUUGGAUUUUCAGAUAAAUGUAAAAAAUCUAAAUUUGGGCAUUUAACCAAUAAAUUUAGCAGCUUUUGAUCUAUAUAAAUUUAUUAUUUGAAAAUCUUGGGUUAAAUGACAAGAAUUUGCUUACUACUAUGGGAUUAAAAUUUCUUCCUGCUCAGAAAUAAGAGGUAAGCCCUAUGCGUCCUAAAAUGCAGGAUCAGUAGCUACAGCCGAUGGGUUGGGAGUCGCUAAUAUAGCUUGUUAUGAUACACCAAAAACGCUAAACCUAAAUUAUAAAUUUGCCAAAGGCGGAAAAGCUCUCAGACAGAACUUAUUCCGACAAUGCUAUUUUAUAAUUACGAAGCAUAAUAUGCCAAUAUAAAGCAGGCCAACAUGAUUUUGUACUUGAACGGAGUAAUAAACAGCCAGCUUGCUUUCGGAUCUGAUUAUUUUGAAGAUACAAAAACAGAUAUUACUUUUACCAUAGGAGCAGAAAAAGAUUCUGCAGGCUAUAAAAGUUAUUUUAAAGGAUUUAUUUAUGAUAUAAAGGGCUACAACUCAGUAGCAAGCAUAUCAACACUUUCAUCACCAGCAGGACAGUGCACAGAAAAUUGCAAAGCAUGCCUUACAAAUGGAACCUGCAUUCCAAAUUGUCUAAUUAGCCAAUAUUGGUAUGGUCCACAAUAUAAUAAAUGCUACAAGUGUAGCAGUGGAUGUCCAAGUUGUAGGGCUUCUAGUAGUAAUUGUAAUCUUUGCAAGAAUCCAAAAUGCGAAUCUUGCUAUGAUUUUACCUCAGAAUCUUGCACUAAAUGUGCCGCUGGUGCUUUCAAUACAACAAAUUGUCAAUGUAACUAUGGUCUUGCUUGGAACUCAACUUUAGGAGUCUGUGAGCCUUGCCACCAAUGGCAAUUCAAAGCGAACGAUUCCUGCUAUGAUUGCCCUCCUCUUUGUGCUGAAUGUGACAGCGAGAGUAAGUGCACAAGGUGCAUUAGCAAUGCUACAUUGAGUUCUGGAAGCUGCAUUUGCUCUCCUGGUUACACAGGAACUGAAGCAUGCAUAGAUAUUCCCUUUGAUGUUUCUCUUAGCAUUAACGAAAAUAAUACUUUGGUUUUAAACUUCAGUGAAGCCUUAAAGCAGGAUUUAAGAAAGGACCAAAUUUCUAUAAAAAUUCAUAAUGAUACAAUUCCAUCAUGAUCAGUUUCCAAACUUUCAAGCACAGAAUUUUUAAUAUCAUGCAGGUUUGAAGGAGAAAUCUCAAAAGGCACAAAUAUUACAAUCUAUUUUGUGAAUUCGGCAAGCAUUGUAUCUGUUUCGGGAGGUUUAAUUCACGAAAAAUAUUUAGAAAGUGCUUUGUAUAGCUCUUCAAUAAAAUAUCAUCAGCAAUCAGCUUUUGACUUUAACUUUCCAGAUUCUCCAGGAGAAAUUGUGGCUUUUCUAAGCAUUCUUUCUGGGUUAAUCAGCCCAAACCCUUCUGCACUGCUCACGAUUUUGAACAAUAUCCAAAUAUUUACUUACAUCCCUUAUGCCGACUAUCCCCUAUCUGAUAAAGUAUCGGAUUUUUUGAAAUCCCUCACUGAUUUUAAGCUUGUUCCUAAUCUUUUUCUUCUGUUCAUAGAUCAAUCGAAUUCAGCCCCAUAUAGUAGGGCUUCAAAAUUUGGUUAUAAUAGUUAUUUGCUACUGGUUAAUAUAGGAGACAACUUAGUUCUUAUCUCAUUCAUUUAUAUUGCUAUUUUUCUUGCUUACUUGAUUCGGAUAAACUCUCAAAGGUAUAUUCUUAGUAAUAAAUUUGGUUUCUUUUUACAAUUUUUGAUCGCAUCUUAUCUUGAUCAUAGCUUCUCAGCUGUAGUUGGCAUUUUGAGUACAACAACUGAUAAAGUUUUUGAUAAUGCGCUAUAUUCCACGAACUAUUUUCUUUGCUGAUUUGUUGUUGUAAUGGUAAUUUAG